GCUAACUAUGGCAAAAGCUGCUUCUGUUACUGCUCUCCGGAAAGCGCUUUAAUGUUUGUUUACUUCUAAACAACGAGUCUAAUCUAAUUUCUAAAAAAGAGCAAACGAAUUACUGUAUUCCCGCUUCCGUCUGCGAACUCCGGCAAGUUCAUUUAUACGUAUAUUCUGAAAUGACUAGUCAGUUUUCAUGACAUUGCGUUUGUCAUGGUAUUAUGCGUCAGGCAUGAUAUUUUUAAAUCGGUGUAAACUGGAUCAUUUCAUGCUUAUUGUGGCUUCUAAGUAGUUAUUAUUCUCUUUUGGCGCGGCGAUAGAUCACAGUUUAUUAGUCCUUGGAAAUACGUAGUAAAACUAGACGUCCUCCUGCACUGGAUCAGGACAGCUAUUUUGACAGCACUGUGAGGAUGCCGGUUUCAGGGGUGUAAAGUAUGUGAGUUAUACGUUUCGGUUUUUAAAUAUUAUUUUGUGGAAUUAGUCAUUCUUAAUUAUAGUUUCAAGCCUAUAGUUUACAGUUUUGGAUUUUUGGUGUAGCGUUACUAAAUGAAUAAUAGCUUAUCAAAAAAGUCUUUUAAAUGGACGUCCUGCAGAUUUUUUUUUAAACUUUAUUUGAAACAGCCAAUGAAAUCAUUUGUCCUUGUCAACUGGUGAAAAAUGGACAAACUUAAAUUGAACGUAAAUGUUUAUUAUAAAAUCAGAUGCUGCUGAAUCAAUGAAGAUGAACAAUUUCAUAAUAGCUUAACUGAAGACAUUGUGAAAAUUGUAAUUGUAUGUGGAAAUUCUUUGAAACAGUCCUUUAACUUAAGUAUAAUAGAAUUUUUUACGACGCAUCAUCGUUCGGCCAUAUUGGUAGCACUGAAUGUAAACAGUGCUUGAAACUGGCAUAUUUUGAUGAUUAUUGUUGCUGAAAAUGGUCAAUUAUUGUCAUGUUUUGGGCUGUACUAAUCAGUCGGAGUGGGAAAAACAUUUGGAGUACUAUAGAUUGCCAAAAGUUGUAAAAAAUCAAAGAGGAGAGUGCAAAAAAAUGUUUGUGGUUAGCCAAACUGAACCAGGAUUUCCAGGGCAAGAAUCUUGACAACAUCAUGUUUGUUCUUAUUUCAGGUCAGGUAGUUGAAAUAUUAGGCUAAUAUCUUAAUUAUUACUACUCGUACGUAUCUUUACCACCUAUUAACUUUAGUUUGUAUGAAUUAUUCCCCCCUUUCCUGGUUCAUAAGUUUUUCUUUAUAUGAUUUAGCAGCUUCAGUGUGUUUUUCCAUGGUUUAGACAGCAUAAAUUAGCAGAACAACAUAUUUAGUACAUUUACUGUGCAAUCCAUGCUGUUGUUUACAUCCGAGUAUCGCCAAUAUGGCCGCGCAUCCGGGUAACUGAUCAAAUCGUGAUGUAAGUGCAAACCCUUUAUUUCACAUUACUUUUUACACCCCUGUUAAGUUCGUUUGAAAUAGUUUUUGCCACCAUGAUUAGUUCUCCAGACUUGGUGGCUUUCACUAAAGAAACUGAUUUCAGUGAUAUAGUCAAAGACUCAUCAGCACUUCCAGAGGAGCUGUCUGUUCCCAUGUAUCCCUACACUGGGGACACCACCCCAUGGUCCAAGACGUCCGGGGCUAAUUUUAAGAAAGACUUUAUCCUAAUAUCAGAGUUUUCAGAGCAAGUUGGGCCCCAACCUUUGCUUACGGUUCCUCCUGAAACCAAGGCUUGUGAGACAUUCGAUUUGAAUCACUUCUCUCUUCGGAUCAUGUCGGUGGACUAUCAGACCUCGCUCGCCGGCCCGUCAGGUUGUGGCUCUUUGAAACUGAACUUUGUAGAAGACUCAAAGGUAGUUUUAGGGGACUCUGGAGAAGGAGUGUUCGCUUAUGUGCACCACCUCACGCUCUAUGACCUGGAGGCUCGAGGGUUUGUGCGACCUCUCUGCCUUGCCUAUGUGUCGUCUGAUGAGAAUAAACUCAUACAGCAAUUCCAACAGCUUUCCGCAGAGUUUUCAAAAGUCUCUGAAUGCCUAAAAACAGGAAACAGGAAGAACUUUGCAAAUGAACUGGAGAUAAAACUGAGAGAUUUGGAGUAUACGAGAGUCGUGUUACUUAGAGAUAUCGAAAGUGAGUUAAUUAAUGCAUCUGUAAUGUGCACCAAUGAAAGGGAAUGCUUAUGGAAUGGUACACCUACAUUAGAAGAUGUGAAACUGAAAGACAAAGACAGAUGUGAGAUUUUAAAGAAGGCAGAAGUAGAGUGUGAAAAAGGGAAUAGGUCAUGUAUUACACAUGAUAGAGAUGAACGAUUUGGAAGGAAGAACAAGCAUGAUAAAGGAUCUUGCCCAACGCCACUGGCUAACAAAGGUGAUGAACUGGCAAGUGUAGAAAAAUCCAUUCAGGAAUACAAAAGCCUUCUGAAACAGGUCACUAGCUACCGAACCAGGAAGCUUAGAGACUCUGAAUACUCUCCUUAUGAACCAGAUGACCUCACUCAUUCUUUCGAGUUUGACAUGGAUGAUUUAAAACACGGUCAUCUUGCUGGGCCAGUGCUAGAAUGUAAUGUUUUUCCUUGCACGAACACGCCCUCGCAUUCUCUGCAGGCUUCGUCUUGCCGAUUUGAUAAGCGUCUGAAAACUCUUGAGGAGUUGUGUGAUGACUACUUCCACCAGCAGGCUCUACAGCAACUGUACUCCAUUGAGAGGACAUUCAGAGGAGAUGCCUGCCAUCUCUACUCACAACAACUCUUCCGUAAUCUUCUCCGCAGUCUCAAAUCUACCAAUUUCUUAUUUGAGGAUCCAUGCGACUUGGAAGAGGAAGCAGAGUUACAGAUUGGAAUAGCUGGUCAACAUUCAGUCCAACAACCCUCCUUUCUUCCGGCACCUUCGAUUCUAAGUGAACCUGUCAGUCUUGAGUCGUAUGUCUCCUGUGUCGAAAUGGUGCCAAUUAAACUAGAGUUGGGUGGGUCUAGUCAAUCUCCGGCUGUACCCAACUGUGUAUACACCUCUACUGAGGAUAACCUACCUGUUACAUCUGCAGUAGAGACUGGAAUGGAAAAUGGGAGGGUUGUUUCACCUUCUGAUUGCAGAGAAAAUAAAGAAUAUGUUUCACCGUUGAUGAAGACCAGUAUUAGUAGCGGAGAUAGUAUUGAGGUCUUAGGGACGGAGAAGUCCUUCAGAACCCAGGGUUCAAAUAUACCAGUGGAUACAGCACUGCAAAGACCUCCACCUUUGUUCGCUACAGCCGCACUGGAAGGUCUUAGGCAAGGGAGGGUACCUACCAGACGAACUUUCAGUGGAGACAGCAUUGAGGUGCUUUGCACAACAGAAUCGAUUCUACCAGAAGACCUGCGUGCUUGCGCAAUUGACGAGGAAAGCCUGGAGCAAGAGAAUGAUGAGAAAGACAUGUCUCAAAACCAAGUUGAGUGUGUUUACGGUGUGGGAAAUGAAGUCCUUGGAGAUCAAGGAGAUACCUGUAUGGAGGAGCCUCAAGAUUUUUACCCAGCUGUUACCUUAACCCCACCUGACUGUCCUAUGACUUUAACCCUGGCUCGGUCAAGCUCCCAAGAUGCUUGUCAUCCAUCAGAAUUAAUCCCUCUCCCGUUAAUAGAUGAGCCAUGCCGGAUGGUACCUGAUGAUUUGUCCGACUGCUUCAGCUAUCGGAGCACUACUGCCUCUACAACCUCUGAAUGCACUUUCCCUGCUUGUCUUUCCGGGAGUAAAAGAGAAGGUGGGACCCGACGGAGACGUGGUAGAGUAGGGCGAGCAGCAUUGCAGUUCUUGCGGCAGUUUCCCUUUGCAGUGCAUGCCGUGUUUAGCCUUAUGAGUGGCCGAACUUUGGUGGUACUAGGCAGCGAGGAGGCAGCAGUGAGGCGACUGGUUACAGCACUGUCUGUGUACGUGCCACAUCUGAGCAGAUACACAGACAGCAUUCAACCUUGGACUUCAACGCCGCUGCAGCUAACGGACCUGCUCAACUGGAAACUUAUCGGGUUUAACAGGAUGUGCUGUUACACGUACACAAAUAUGCCUCACUGCCUGGGCCAUUACAGCCGAUACCUCAGCAUUCUAGAUGUGGAUCAAAAGACACUGCACUGCCCAGCCUACAGUGGUACUCUUAUCAACCUUCUGGUGGAACCCAGGAGCCACUUUAAACGUGGAAACACCUACUUCAUGUUUGCACAAAGUGUGCAAAGCAAGCUUGUCACCACAGCGUUCCUUUUAACAUUUUCACAUGGCUGCCAUAAACCCAGAAGGCCUCGGGAGAGUACAUGGACACAAUGUUUUCAUUCUGAACUUCACAGAGACGAUAAGAAAAUCCUCAACUAUUUAUCUGAACUCAUUAAACUGCACUUCAUGGAGGUUCCAGCCAAUGUUCUCAGAUUCAGCUACACCACAAACUUGAUUUUCAAACUCUGA